GAUAUUACAAGAAGCCAAUCCAAAAUUUAUACAUUCAAUACUCUGGAGGGUCAACUUUGCAAUAUUCAUAACCUAUAAGGGUCAAACUGACAUUAUUCCAAAAAACACCACUUGCUCUUUCUCCCACAUCCACAUUUUUUUAUUCUCAUCCAACCUAAGGAUAACACUAUGCUAAAACAAGAUAACAGAAAAAAAAUGGAAGACACAACAUGGAAACAAAGAAUCCAAGCAUUAACACACAUCAUACUUAAUCCCACAACUAAACCAUCUUUUGAAUCCCAAAUCUUCAUUUCUAACCAAAUCCCCUGUUACCUCAAUUGGGACUAUCCCCCAAUUCUGUGCACCAAAAUCACCUCCCCUUCUGUAUAUCUGAAAUGGGCUUUCUCAUUUUACCUGAAAUGGAUUUCAAGAUUUGGUGCACCUGAAACUUCUUGGAGAUCCAAAUGCCCAUAUCAACAACCCCCUCCAUUGAUACUGGCAAAGGGAGUGGAGGAAGCUAAAUGGGGAGAUGAAGAAAGGAGACAGUUUGUGAGGAAAAGGUUUAAAAGGAGAAUCUUUAGCAAAGAAGGAAACAUUUUUCUUCUAGCUAUUUUACCUAAUAUCUUGGCGCUCUUAUUUAUCUUUCGUAACCCUUAUCUCAAUAUCAUGAAGUAGAUUCUUGAAUAACAAUAUACUCCUUUUACGCAACCUUAUUACUACCUUGUGAAGGUAGAAUUAGACGAAAUAUGUUUAUCCUAAUUGAAUAAAUCAGAUGUUUAUUUACCUAAUUGAAAGUUGUAUGUUUCUUUUUCAUAUCAAUGGUUAAAAUAACAUCCUUGAUGUUCCAAAAUUUUCAUA